AUGGCAAAUAAAUUUAUAUUAAUUCCUGAGGAUAUAUAUCGUGGACUACUUACUCACCCCAUACCGGAAACUGGAAAUAUCAAUUUGGAUUUUACACGCGAAAAUUUGGAAAAUAUCAAAAGUCAAAAUGCCAACACAGAAUUAAAGAAUAUAAAUUAUAAUCAGGAAUUGAGACGUUAUCUACACAUGCUGAAGGAUCAGAAUGAGAGACCAAUGAAUGUUUCAGUAAGGCAAAUGGAAGAUCCAGCCCUGGAGCAAAUUAAAAAAUUGCUUCCCCUCCUCCAAACAAGCUCCAAAGAAAGUAAUCAACAAGUCCUUGAACAAAAUAUACCCACACCAAAAUUGUCCCCGUUAAAUGAAGGUGGAGAUUUAAACGAAGAUGAUCUUAGUAUGCAUACGGCCGGGGAGGAAUCUCCGGAUUCCAAGAGGAAAAUGGAACCAAAGAAGUCAACAAUAAGAGAAAAGACAGAGGAAAUUUUUGAAAAUAUGAAACAGGAAAAUCUAGAUAAAUAUGAUGUGAGCACAGAUGGAAAAAUUUUAAGUAAGAAGGGAGGAAAAGAAAUACAGGGAAGCAAUGCACAAAAAUCUCUAGAGUGUAUUCUCCGUACAGGAAUAAGUGGGAAAUUGAGAUGGGGAGAGUUGACACCACCGGGGACAUCAGUUUUAGAAAGUAAAUUAAAAAGUGAUAACAAAAUUUGGCCGUUGAUAGAGAAGGCACGAGAAAGUUGUACACCAAAAAGAACUAAUACAAAGCAAAAAAGAAAAAUACCUGAAUCCAAAGAAAUAGCUGAAUCAAAAUGGAGACUUCCAACAGAGUGGAAAUGA